AUGCACUCCAUUUCUGACCUGACCACCUUUUGUCGAAAGACCACCGGCGAUGUCCCGCCUAAACUCGUUGGCGCCUCUACGACGGUGGUGGGCAACAAGAUGUACCUCUUCGGAGGUCGUCUUGUAGCAGAGCGCCGGAUGGUAGCGGACUUGUACGCCUUCGACCUUCGCACGUUGAACUGGGAGCGCAUGCCGGCAGCACCAGAAGAUGACGUCCCGGCGGCGCGGUAUUUCCACAGUGCAGAUGCCUGCAAGUCUUUCCGCCGGAAUAACCAUCUCGUCAUCUUCGGCGGCAUGGGUAACAAGCCUGACGCGAUCAACCCUGAAGACCUCAUCGUCCUCAAUGACGUUCGCCUAUUCGACCUAGCCUCAGGACACUGGGUGUCCAUCUCGGGUCCUGAGCUUCCCUCUGCCAUACAACCCAAAGCCCGCUACGCCCACCUUUCGUCCGUCACCGGCGACCGCCUCUUCGUCAUCGGCGGCCAGGACAUAAAUAACGUCUGGCUUGAUGACGUCUACAUUUACGACCUCAAGACGAGGCAAUGGAUUCACCGUCGAGACUACCAGCGCCAUUGUGGUACAUACCGCAGUGUUGCUGUGGCGGCGGACCUGCGGGUGAGGAUGCCUCAGGACGAGCUCCGCGGCCAACCCUCCACACUCGGUCCUCCUGGGACGCGCUUCACCAAAGAGGACCAAAAACUCAAUAAGGAGUUCACGCCGUCAGAGUCGCUCGUACACCUUCCUUACUCCACCAAGCCGACGGACGAUUACCCGAACGACAUCUACCUCUACUCCAACUACAACUUCACCGACGUCAAGCGCGAGCUUGAGGUCUUCACCCCACUUCCCUCUGAGGCAGACUUUGCCAUCACCGAUCGGUCCUCAUCCAUGACCGGCUCUGCGCUUCCGCCAGGCCUCCGUUUCCCCGCCGGUGCCAUCCUCGGCACGCAUCUCAUCAUUGCUGGAACCUACCUCGCGCAUACGUACCAAUCCUUUUCCAUAUGGGCCCUCGAUCUCAUCACCAACACCUGGGCGCGCAUAGACCCGGGUUCGACUCUCUCCAGCGGCUCGUGGUUCCGCUCCUGCCUUUGGGCGGAAGCGAACAAGUUCAUGAUAUUCGGGAAUAGGAAGGGCAACCUCGUUGAGGACUACAACAGACGCUUGCUCAGCUGGGACCACGUCGCGACCGUCGAUCUGGAGGCGUUCGGGAUGUAUCAACCGCCCAAGCUUGCACUCGAGGUGCCGAUGCAGGAGCUUGGGCUUGCCGCGCUCGAGGAGGAGGUCCUCGCUGACUUCGAGAUCAUCUGCGACGACGGGCGCAAGAUUCGUUGCUCACGUCAAGUUCUCGAGGAGCGCUGGCCAUGGUUCAAGGCACAGCUCAUCACCUUUAUGCAAGAGGCCGCGCGUCUUUCUGCCUCAUCUUCGGGAGGUAUCCCGCCGCUACCAACAUUACCCGGCUCCUCACCCUCGUCUGAACCACGGCACGACCCCCGCCUGACGCCGCGCAGCUUCCAGCUUUCAGAACCAUACCCGAUCAGCCUCGCGUUUCUGCAAUACUUCUACACCCGCGCGCUUAUCACGCCACUCCAGCACGCGCCGGCCGUGCUCAGCCAAUUGCUCGUGCUCGCGAGCACCUACGACCUGCCGCACCUGCAAGACCUCGUUGUGCAUGCCAUGCACCGCGCGCUUAGCAACUCGACGAGCGUUGGCGUGUACGAAGUCGCGACGCUCUGCUCGUGUCGCAGCCUCCAAAUUCGUGCGCUCAAGACGGUCAUGGCGUACAACCAGCGCCGGCCGACCGGCCGCUCUCGCCGAGACGCUGACGGGGCCGGCGGCGGUCCAGGCUCCGGUCCAGGCUCCGGCUCCGGGAGACGCGCCGACCGGGAAGACCGUGACCGGAACGGGUACGGCGGGGGCGGAGGUGGGAGGGACACGUCGAGCGCGGCGCGUCCUCGGGGGAUGUCGGACGCGUACAUGCGCGGCACGGCGUAUACAGGGACAUCGGUGGGCGGCGGUGGGAGCAGCCGCCCUAUCGGCACCAUGGCCAGUGUUUCGCCUGCGGGUCAGUCUUCUACUUGGAUGUUGUAA